UAAAUUUUUAUGGAGUUCCGCACUUAUAUUGAGAAGAGGUUUGCCACAUUUACGUAUACGGUAAAUAAAAAAGGAGAGAGACGAGCGAGAGAAGAGGGACAGAGAUUAUGGAAUGAAAGCUAUGCCGAUUUUUCGCCAUCUUGUAAAGUGAAGCCACCUCAUUUUUUAGAUCCUACCCGAUUGAUGUACCGAAUAUUUACCAUAUUAAUAGUCAACAUCCACCUCGUGCCAUCUCGUCUACGCGGUGAUAAUGUUGCCAUGCGUACCUCAUUAUCUUAUUAUAUCUGAGUUCGUUGCGUGGAACCAGUCAUCCCACAACAGCUGCUGUCACUGAUUAACUAUCCCUCUUCCUGGCCUACAACUGUUGGCAUUGGGUUGACUCAUUGUAAUGAAGAUAAUUCGCUGUGUCAGAAUUCAAAGUACUGUACAGCAAAUAGUGAGAAGAAACGAAUGAUUCCCAAGGAGACGAGCUAGGAGAGGAAUCCCUGGCAUUUCCAGGACUUCAACAAGAGACGUCGUAGAGACGUAAUAUGUUCGUCAUUGAGCGUUGAUACGUUAUUCGACGACUGUUGUCCGUUGGUGUUAUAACGUUCUGGUGAUAAGUCUCCUAUGUAUAAUUUAGAUUAGCAUAAUAGACUAUCUUUACCUAAAUUACGAAUAAUUUGUGUUUGCCAAGGUUUUUUUUCAUUUAAAAUAUUAAGAUAAGGGCUCUUUAUUAUCCCCAUUAUAUUAUUAGCCAAUUUGCAGCGAAAUGUGCAAUAAACUUCCAAUUGUGGCCAGUACAUGUUAGUGGUUCUCCGCUACAGUGUCUGCGUUCACACAGCGACUCAAAAGAUCGUGUCUGCGUUCACGCAGCGACUUGAAAGAUCGUGUCUGCGUUCAAAAAGCGACUCGAACGAUCGUGUCUGCGUUCACACAGUGACUUAAACGAUCGUGUCUGCGUUCACACAGCGACUCGAACGAUCGUGUCUGCGUUCACACAGCGACUCGAACGAUCGUGUCUGCGUUCACACAGUGACUCGAACGAACGAUCGUGUCUGCGUUCACACAGUGACUCGAACGAACGAUCGUGUCUGCGUUCACAACAGGACCUGCAGGAUGACCCCUCCCCCGCCCACCCCCAGUUUGGACGCCUACAGGAACUUGAGCCCGCAGGACAUGGAGCUGCAGGUGUCGCCGUCCCGCUGGUCGCCUGACGCCGCCCGUCACGACGUCGUCGCCGCGUACGUCGCCCGCGCGCGACGUGACGUCGUCGCCUGCAGGGCCCGCGUCCCGUGGUCCCGGCGACACGUCACCCCAACAGUCGACGAGGACUCUAACAUCACAAUGGACGUGUACGGGGAGCAACUGCCGGCAGGAAGUGGCCUGGUUGUCUACAUCCACGGCGGCUACUGGCAAGAACUCAACCAGGACCUGGUUGGGGGGCUGAUGGGACCACUACACGACGCGGGUGUGGUUGUGGUGGUCCUCGGCUACACUACAGCCCCUCACGGCACGGUGUCUGGCAUGGUGCGGGAGGUCUACCGUGGUCUGCAAGACGUCAGGAAGUUGAGGGAGGAAAAGAAAUGGCAGCCUGCGGUCAUUGUGGGAUGGUCUGCCGGAGCUCAGCUCGGUCUGCAGGCUCUCCUGCACUUCGUUGGGGAGGCGAGGGGGGAUGGACCUGGUGGUGGUGAGAAUGCUGAGGAAGACGGGGGGUCCUGGGUGGGGGGCGUGGUCACCAUCAGUGGAGUCUUCUACUUACCGCCACUAGUGGACACCUACGUGAACGCGGCCCUUGGGCUCACCAGUGAACAAGCAAGGCAACUGUCGCCAGCUGAGCCCGGCAACUACCAGCUGUUGCCUGCCGUGUUACUGCCCACGACCCGCUUCAUCAUCGCCACCGCUGAACACGACAGCCCGAUGUUCAGGGAACAUUCAGACGUGUAUGCCAAGACACUGCGUCAGCUGUUCAGCAGUGUUCACCGUCACGAGGUGUUGGCGUCAGACCACUUCAAUAUUGUGGCAGACCUCGCCGAACACCAAGACCUGUUCCUCCAACGCCUCCUCGAGUUCGUGAGGGAGUUUUCCUCCUGCACCUCCUCGAGUUCGUGAGGGAGUGUUCCUCCUGCACCUCCUCAAGUUCGUGAGGGAGUGUUCCUCCUGCACCUCCUCGAGUUCGUGAGGGAGUGUUCCUCCAACGCCUCGUUCAGUUCGUGAGGGAGUGUUCCUCCUGCACCUCGUCCAGUUGGUGAGGGAGUGUUCCUCCAACGCCUCCUCCAGUUCGUGAGGGAGUGUUCCUCCUGCGCCUCCUUGAGUUGGUGAGGGAGUGUUCCUCCAAUACCUCCUCGAAUUUAUGAGGGAGGACUUGAACAAAAAAAAUCAAAUUUCAACUCAGGCCGUGUGUUUUAAAUUAAACUUAAAUUAGUUAUUUACUUAAUUAAUAACCAAGCAGGGCGGGACAGUGCUGAUUUAUUAAGUUUACUAUUGCGAUUUAAUUGACAGUUUGUGAUGAGGUGAUGCCGGCCAAUCAAGUUUAUAGAUUUUAUUGGUUAAUAACCGUUAGUCAGUUUCCGUCGUAUGUAAUAAAGUCAUAUAAAUGCUUG